AUGGCUGCGUUCAAUCCAAAAUCCAAGAACCAUUACAGAGUUCGUUCUGUCAGCUUGCCUACAAGAUCACAUCCGAGCACAAUCAGGAUUGAGCAAGCGGUGAACAAGCUAAAGACUUGGGAGACAUCCUCUUCUUCCUUCUCCAAGGCGGAUAAGAUUUGCCUGUCUUUGUCAGGCCUUAAAGAAUUGCAUGAAGGCAUAGAGGAACUUCUUGCGUUGCCACUGUCUCAACAAGCCCUUUCACAGCAUCAGCAAGAUCACAUGGUCAAUGAGUUAGUUGAGGAAUCUGUGAGAUACAUAGAUGUUUGUAGCAACGCAAGAGAUACAGUCAUGCAAAUGAAAGAAGGCAUUAAAGGGCUCCAAUCAUCUCUUCGACGAAGCAAGCUGCGAGAAUUGAGAACUGAAACUGAUGUAGCAUCUUUUAUGUGCUCCAGAAAAAGCUUACAGAAGGAGAUCUCAAGGUCUCUUGCAAAGCUGAAGCAUGUAGAUAACAAAAUGGUCCCUCUGCAUCUGUCAAAUUCUGAAGACGAUCAGCUGUCAAUUGUGCUCAGAGCCCUGACUGAAGCGAGUCUCUUGAACAUCUCAACUUUCUCAUCUCUGCUGUUAUUUCUGUCAGUUCCAGUGAUGAAAUUAAAACCUACUCGAUGGACAUUGGUUUCAAAUUUUAUUUACAAAGGAGGAUUGGCAUGUGAAGGUGAAAGGAAUAAUUUGAAUGAGCUGGAAGAUGUAGAUAUUGCCCUUGGCAAUUUACUCAUUGAUGAUUCCUGCAAAGAUGAUGGAACCGAGAGGAUUGAAUCAGCUCAAAGAAAGUUGGAAGCCUUGGAAACUAUACUUGAGAGCCUUGAAAAUGGAUUAGAGCUUUUGUUUAGACAUUUGAUCCGCACAAGAGUAUCUCUUCUGAACAUACUCUCAGCAGGAACAUCUUAA